ACUUUAUUAAGCGAAAACGUAAACAGUAGAUGAUGAGUAAGUUAUGACUAUGGCUAUUCUAUACUCAUUCUGUAAUAGUACUGACACUAUACUAUAGUGUAACUGUUAAACUUUGUGACGUAGUGUUGACAACUUACUUUAGAUCAAGAAUAGAUAGAUCUAUAGAACCGUGGUGUCUUGGUUGAUCAAUCCAGAAUGAGUGAAGAAAUGCAUAAACAUGAGAAGAAUAUAUCAUCCAUGCCUACUGGUAGGAACGAAAGCCGACCAAAACUUAAAACUGCAGUUUCUAAAUGGUAUUCAGGAUUGUUAAAAAGGCCGAUUGAUAGAAGUGCUGAGGAUGUUAAUCGAGCUUUUGCCCACUUAAAAGAUCUAAAUGUUAUGGAAAAAUUCAAUUCAACUCUUCUUCAGCAAAUGUGCUGCUAUGCACAUUAUGAUAAAAUUGAAGAGAAUGUGAUUGUGAUUCGCCAAGGGGAACAUGGUACAAAUUGGUAUUUUGUUUUGUCUGGUACUUUGUCUGUGUUUCUAAUGGAAAACAGCAAAUUGAAGUCAAGCCAGCCUCUGUGUACCUUGUUGCCUGCUUCAUCAUUUGGGGAAGGAAUUUUGACCCAAGAUCCUCACCAGAUGACUGUGGUCACAAGCUCUGUCACAGAACUUUUAUGGUUUGAUUUAAAAGAUGUCAAAGUUUUGUGGGAGAGAAAUAAAGAACUAAUGGAGUCUGCGUUUACAGCCUUAGCAAACCUGCCUAAUCUGAGUGAUGACAUGAGAAGAAUUCAGACAGGAAAGGACCUUGACCUCCAGGAAAUUGUACCCAACCCUGCUGCACCUAUAUCUUUGGAACCAUCGUCAAAAAUGUCACAUGCUUCAUGGGUUCUGCGGACUGUUUUAAUGAUCAAGUAUCCUCAUAUGAUACGUGAUAGAAAGUAUCACCUCCGCACAUACAAAAGGUGUAUGGUAGGAUCAGAAAUGGUGGAUUGGAUAAUGAGCAUCUUCCCACGAGUGGAUUGUAGAGAGCUGGCUGUUGGAAUGUUUCAAGCUCUUUUAGAGGAUGGAGCUUUGCUUCAUGUUUGUAAACAGCAUCCAUUCCUGGACAAAUACCUGUUUUAUAGAUUCCUUGAAGAUGAAGAAGGAUCUGCUUAUGUCCCAAAUGAAUUGGACCUAGAUAGAGCAGAAGAUGAUCUUUUUGAUGUUCUGUCUUUUUUGGCACAAGUCAGUCCUGACGCAUCAAUGAGGAUGAUCUUGCGUAAAAUGCCAGAAGAACGCACCCAGGAUGAAAUAGGAAUAAUUUAUGAGGAGCUGCUGCAAAUCAAACCACUUCAACAUCUUUCCUACACAGUCAAAAGGGAGCUGGCCAGUUGCAUUAUGUUUGAAGCUCAUUCAAAAGCUGGUGCUGUGUUGUUUAAUCAAGGAGAUGAAGGUCGCUCAUGGUACAUCAUACUUAAAGGAUCUGUUAAUGUUUCUAUUUAUGGAAAGGGUGUGGUUUGUGUACUGGGAGAAGCAGAUGAUUUUGGCAAGUUGGCCUUAAUGAAUGACGCUCCACGAGCGGCUACAAUUGCUCUUGCUGAGGAUAACUGUCAUUUUCUGCGUGUUGACAAAGAUGACUUUAACAGAAUACUCAGAGAUGUUGAGGCUAAUACAGUACGACUGAAAGAGCAUGGACAAGAUGUUCUUGUUCUUGAAAAAAUACCAGUGGCUGUGAACAUGAAUGGUUCAUUUCAUUCAGAAUACAAAUACUCAGUGAUGGCUGGGACACCAGAGAAAGUUCUGGAAUAUCUUCUAGAAACCAGAAGUGAACAAAAGAAGGAUCCUCAAGUUAUAGACAUGUUCCUGGAUGAUUUUUUACUUACACAUUCCAUUUUUUUCCCUGAUGAUAAAUUGUGUUCAGCCCUCUUAAGCUACUACCACUCUGAUAGCAAGAGAAAAGACAACCAAGAUGAUGGUGACUUUGUCCAGUCACAGAAAAAGUGUGUCCUCCAGUUUGUCCUGGCCUGGCAUGACACUGAGCCAGAUAAAUUUCAUGGAUCAACUUUUGUUGGGGAUUUUCUUGAGACCCUGACCAGAUCUGUCUAUCAAGACUGUGUAGCUCAUUCAAGUCUCAUACCUGAUCACGAGGCUCUGCUGGCAAUCACCAACAUCAGAAAGAAUUCUGUGAGUGGCAAGCCAGCCAAGAAAAAGUCUUUGUUUAUGAGUAGAAAAGGUCAAGCAAAGUCAGCUUUAAAUGAAAAUGAUGUUGAGAAAAAAAGUGUUAUUAAGCCAACAGAUGAAUAUAUAUUUAAAGUGUACUGUGCUGAUCACACAUACACAACUAUCAGAUUACCCAUCAACUCCACUGUUAAGGAUAUUGUACUCAGUGCAAGGGACAAAUUGUGUUUAGGUCAUGACCCUGUGCUGUGUGAAGUGAAAUCAAAUGGAGAACGCAUAGUUUUCAAAGAGAAGGACCGCUGCAUCAUGAUGUCACUUAGUUUAAAUGGCCGACUUUUUAUUGCCCCUAGAGAACAUUUAGAUGCUUUGACACCAGUCCCUGAGCAAGAAGGCCCAACCUCCAGCACUGCAGUCAUGCUAGAAUUAAUGAGCACCAAAGAAUUGGCUUACCAAAUUACUUUGUAUGACUGGGAACUGUUUACUGCUGUCCAUGAGCAAGAGAUGCUGACUAAAGUUUUUGGGCUGACUGUGUUUCCUGAAGGAAUCUCAGCCAAUCUGGAACAACUUCUGAAAAGAUUUGAACAGCUUCAGUACUGGGUGGUGACAGAGAUGGUACUAGUCACUAAUCUAGGAAAGAGGGUCCAGAUACUCAGAAAGUUUAUCAAACUCGCUCAACAUUGCAAGGAGAUGAACAACUUCCAUGCAUUUUUUGCUAUAACCAUGGGGUUGGGUCACCUAGCAGUCAGCAGACUUUCACAGACAUGGGAGAAACUACCUGGCAAAGCAAAGAAAAUGUUCUCAGAAUUUGAAACAUUUAUGGAGCCUGCACGCAAUCACAGGUGCUACAGACUGGCUGUCAGCAAACUAUCUAGUCCAAUCAUACCAUUUAUGCCGCUGCUAAUUAAAGAUAUGACAUUUACAAAUGAAGGAAAUAAAACAUACUAUGAUAACAUGGUCAACUUUGAGAAAAUGCACAUGAUAGCACAGACUUUGAGGACAGUCAAAUUUUGUAGACAGAAUCAAAUUGAACCUGAGCCACCUGAGUCAAUGAAGGCAUCAGCAGAUAUUAAGUCCUAUAUCAGAAACCUGCAUGUCAUUGAUAAUCAGAGGAUUCUCACUAACUUAUCCCAUAAAUGUGAACCAAGAAAAGGAUAAAUGCUCUGAGAUACAUUUCUGGAAAAAUUGUUGAUUUGGGAGAAAUCUCAAAAACUUUCUGCAAAAUCUUUGCUGGCCCUAUUUGUUAAAACACCAAGCUAAUAAGGACUUAGCUUUAGUUGGUUAUAGAAGUUGGGAUGUAAACUACAUCUGGCUUACUUCUUCUUAAUGUAAUUAUUACCAUCAUUUUAAAUAUGUACUGUAUUACGGAGAGAUGUUUAUGGUGCACUAUCAAUUUACUCUGUCUACAUUAACAUGAAACUUGAUAAGUUAUUGUGUUCGUGAUUGUGUUUAAUAGCUAAGUACAUUCAUUAACUUGCACUGAAUAAAAUAUCAAGAAUUUGAUUCUAUAAGAAGUUACAGUAAGAGGCACUAUGAGGAGAACAUGGAGAAUUUUAGGCCUAUUUUAAGAUACAGAAUGUGAGCUACUUAUUGACCAUGAAGUAGUAUUGAAAAGAGAGAAUGUGCGAGGGAAGCUGUAAACACAUGAUACCAAGACAAAGUUUAAAGUUUGUGAAAAGUUUUGUUUUAUCUAGGCCUAUAAGAUGGGGUUAGGUCCAAUCUUGUCUCCAAAAGUCAUGGCUUAGAGUUCAUCUUUUCUCUUUUCCUUUAUAUUGUUAUUUUAAUUGUCAUACAAAUGGAGAUUAAUCUCAGUUCUUACAAAUUGAUGUAUAACCUGCUUUGUUAUUUACCAACUAAUACUAGAAGUUGAUGUAUAACCUGCUUUGUUAUUUACCAACUAAUACUAGAAGUUGAUUUAUAACCUGCUUUGUUAUUUAACAAUACUAGAAGUUGAUGUAUAACCUUCUUUGUUAUUUACCAACUAAUACUAUUGAUUUCAUUAUCAUUGAAUAAUGAUUUUUUUAAAAAAAAUGUGUUUGUUUUUAAUUCAAAG